AUGUGGAUCCAAGUUCGCACGAUGGAUGGCAAGGUGGCCCACUCUGUGGACUCCCUGUCCAGGCUGACCAAGGUGGAGGAACUGCGACUGAAGAUCCAGGAGCUGUUCCACGUGGAGCCAGGUCUUCAGAGGCUCUUCUACAGGGGCAAGCAGAUGGAAGAUGGCCAUACGCUCUUUGACUAUGACGUCCGCCUGAAUGACACCAUUCAGCUGCUGGUCCGCCAGAGCCUCGUGCUACCUCCCAACACCAAGGAGCGGGACUCGGAGCUCUCCGAUAGUGACUCCGGCUGCUGCUUGGGCCAGAGCGAGUCGGACAAGUCUUCCAACCACGGCGAGGCAGCUGCCGACACCGACAGCAAGGCUGGCCUGACGACUGAGGACACGUGGGACGAGACGGAGCUCGGCCUCUAUAAGGUCAAUGAAUACGUCGAUGCGAGGGACACAAACUUGGGUGCGUGGUUUGAGGCACAGGUGGUCAGAGUGACCAGGAAGGCCCCCUCACAGAACGAGCCGAGCAGCUCCACGUCCAGCCCAGCCCUUGAGGACGACAUCGUUUACCAUGUGAAAUAUGACGACUACCCUGAGAACGGCGUGGUCCAGAUGAACUCCAGGGACGUCCGUGCGCGCGCCCGAACCAUCUUCACAUGGCAGGAGCUGGAGGCGGGCCAGGUGGUCAUGCUCAACUACAACCCUGACAACCCCAAGGAGCGUGGCUUCUGGUAUGAUGCCGAGAUCCUGCGGAAACGGGAGACCAGGACUGUUCGGGAGCUGUACGCCAACGUCAUGCUCGGGGAUGAUUCUCUCAAUGACUGCCGAAUCAUCUUUGUGGAUGAAGUCUUCAAGAUCGAGCGCCCGGGUGAAGGGAGCCCCGUGGUGGAAAACCCCAUGCGCAGGAAGAGCGGGCCCUCGUGCAAACACUGUAAGGACGAUGAGAGCAAGGCCUGCCGUGUUUGUGCCUGCCAUCUGUGCGGAGGCAAGCAGGACCCGGGCCAGCAGCUCAUGUGUGACGAGUGUGACAUGGCCUUCCACAUCUAUUGCCUGUGUCCGCCGCUCAGUGCCAUCCCCAACGAGGACGAGUGGUAUUGUCCCGAAUGUAGGAUCGAUGUCAGCGAGGUGGUGUCAGCAGGCGAGAAGCUGAAAGAGAGCAAGAAGAAAGCAAAGAUGGCAUCGGCCACAUCGUCUUCACAGCGGGACUGGGGCAAGGGCAUGGCGUGUGUGGGCCGCACGAAGGAGUGCACCAUCGUCCCGUCCAAUCACUACGGACCCAUCCCGGGCAUCCCCGUGGGCACCAUGUGGCGCUUCCGAGUCCAGGUCAGUGAGUCGGGCGUCCAUCGGCCUCAUGUGGCAGGCAUCCACGGCCGGAGCAACGACGGGGCCUACUCCCUGGUCCUGGCUGGGGGCUAUGAGGAUGACGUGGACCACGGGAAUUUUUUCACGUACACAGGGAGUGGCGGUCGAGAUCUUUCCGGCAACAAACGGACCGCAGAACAGUCUUGUGACCAGAAACUCACCAACACCAACAGGGCGCUGGCUCUGAACUGCAGUGCUCCCAUCAACGACCGGGAUGGGGCUGAGGCCAAGGACUGGCGAGCAGGGAAGCCCGUUCGGGUGGUACGCAACGUCAAGGGUGGGAAGCAUAGCAAGUAUGCGCCCGCCGAGGGUAACCGUUAUGACGGCAUCUACAAGGUGGUGAGAUACUGGCCUGAGACGGGGAAGUCAGGCUUCCUGGUGUGGCGCUAUCUGCUUCGGAGAGAUGAUGAGGAGCCGGGGCCCUGGACCAAGGAGGGCAAGGACCGCAUCAAGAGGCUCGGGCUGACCAUGCAGUAUCCAGAGGGCUAUCUGGAGGCCUUGGCCAACAAGGAGAAAGAGAACAAGGCUGAGGAAGAGGAGUCCGAGGAGGAGGAGCAGGGCCUCAGGUCCCCGAAGAAGAGCAAGCGGAAGCGGAAGUCGGCCGGUGGGUGUCUGCGCAGGGGGCCGCCCAGCUCCAGGUCUCUGCGUGAGACACCCAAGAAAACCAAGGUGGAGCCCUACAGACUCACAGCCCAGCAGCACAGCCUCAUUAAGGAGGACGAAAGCAAUGCCAAGCUGUGGGCCGAGAUCCUCAAGUCACUCAAGGACGGGCCGGUGAGCGAGCAGGCUGACGGGCGGGCAUUUUCAUGGUUCCUGAGCAUAGUGGAGGAGAUGUUCCAGUGCAUCUGCUGCCAGGAGGUGGUGUUCCGCCCGAUCACAACCGUGUGCCAACACAAUGUGUGCAAGGAUUGCCUGGACAGGUCCUUCCGGGCCCAGGUGUUCAGCUGUCCCGCCUGCCGCUACGAUUUGGGCCGGAACUACGCCAUGCAUGUCAACCAGCCGCUGCAGACCAUCCUCAACCAGCUCUUCCCGGGUUACGGCAACGGCCGGUGA